UGCUGGCGCGGAAACCGAAAAGGGUGAAGCGAUAUGGCUGAAAAGUACCCCAAAUCUAAACUUAAACGUAGGAAAUGUUGUGUAGAAGAGGUCCAGGGAGACACCUGGAGCAGGGGAACAGCGAAGAGGAGCGAGCCGACGCCGUUGUCCGGGACCGGAAACACCGGUGGGUCUGCAGCAGCAUGGUGGCGCAGACUCGAGCCCCCCGCUGUGGAGAGCCUGUGGGCGUUCACGCUGAAGUCUGCUCUGCCGCACCCGGAGAGCCAGCUCUGGGACCCGGUUCCUGAUCUCCCCCUCCCAUCUGCAGCGAAAUCCACAUCUUUAAAGUUGGAGGAUGAUCGGUGGUGUGACCCCUGCAGUGACGUUGAUCCUUUUCCAGACACGUCUCCUCCCUCUCCACCGUCCCCGAGGACUCCAGAGCCUCCCAGCCUCAGCUGCUCCCAGCAGGACCUCCUGGUACGAACCAGACCUGCUCCAAAACCAGCUGACAGACGUUCAGCUACCCACAGCCGGCCGAGUCCUGAUCACCAGACAGCAGCUCCUCAACAUGUCCUCAGCAAAACACAACAGACGGAGGAGGAGAAGGAGGAGGAGGCAGCAGCAGCAGGACAAACUUGUGUCGGAGGAAAACAAAAGGAGGAAACAGCAGCAGUGAGCAGGCAGCUCAGGCCCGAGUGCUCCGGUCCUCCUGGAGAGGAAAAAGGGCCGAGGAGAGCUGGAGGAGAUGGAGGAGAUGGAGGAGAUGGAGGAGCUGGAGGAGCUGGAGGAGCUGGAGGAGAUGGAGGAGCUGGGCUGCAGAGAUGUCCCAUGUGUUUACAGGUGUUCCCUGCUGGGUUCACCCAGAUGGACUGUGACGGCCACCUGGCCCAGUGUCUGUCCGACAUGAAUGUGGACAUGACCUGGUGAGCCGGCAGGAUGCUGGCAGCCGUCCAGACGCCCCCACCCUCCGGCUUCCCAUCAGACGGAGGAGGACACGGCAGAAGACCUCUCAGUAUUUACUGACACUCUUCAUGCACAUUGAGUUAAACCAGAGGGACAGUCCACCAGGAUGCUCACCUCCUCAGGGAAAUAACAUCGUCCUCUUAUUCCAGCUGGUCAGCAGGAUCAGUCUGGACCCUGAGCUGCUGAUGCUCUAGUCUUUCUAGCUUUGAAAAACCAGCUUAUUUUUAUCUUCUAGCUUUGGUUCCAUUCUGAAGAACCCAGUACAGCAUUUCUCUGGAACCACUCUGCAGCAUCCCCUCCUCUAUCCUUCCCUCACUCCUCUCCUCCCUCACCCUCACCAGAGAUGGGAGGAGAAGAGAUGAGGACGCUGCAUGGACACCUCCUCCAGGACGAGACUCAUUUCUGGGUCAGAGGCAGGAAUCAGAGAGCAGGUACAAGUGGAUGAGUGAGACCACUCUGACUUUUCUUGAUAAAAAACAAGAAAAGGAACUCGGCUGCUUAACGCUGACCUACGAAUCCUUCCUGCAGUUUAAAGAGGUUCCUAACCAGACGGUGUUGUGUCUAACAGACAGUUUAAGUAUUGGUUAGUAGUUACUAGUAUUACUUACACUCCUCAUUUCUUUAUAUUUCCCAGACUUUGCUGUAAUCUUUUAAAGUGGUGUUAAGCAGGAGUUUUUCCUUCAGUCAUUGUUUGCUUUUUCACUUUUCAGUCCUUGAACCUGAACACGAUCAGAGGAAUUUAGUUUAAGUUAUUUAACUGAAUGAAUCUCAUUCAAGCAAUAAAGA